AUGUCCCAUUCACAAACCGAAUCGUCAAGCGCAAGGCCUACUCGUCGUCGCCCUAGAGGUCUUGUAGCAUGCCGUCGAUGCAAGAGCCGCAAGCAGCGCUGCGAUAAUGAAUUCCCAGCAUGUUCGAAUUGCCUCGCUGCGGGGGAGAAGUGCUCCUAUGGUGCCAAGCAAGCGUACCCAGCAGAGUAUGUGAAGUCUCUUGAGCGUCAAAUCUCACGGCUGCAACAAGAAGUAGCCUCCCCGCGACAAAAUGCCGUCACUCCAACGAGCCAUUCUUCUAUCCAGCAACAGAUACUUGACUCCCAAUCUGGUCCAAAUGAGACUGAGCCCACAAACUUGAACGAGACCGCAAGUUCGGACUUGGAAGCCAGCGCUGGGAUUGUUGCUCCUUCGCCGGAUUCUUUUCUGGGGACUUCAAGCGGGUAUCCUCUUACCAAACUCCUUCGAUCGGCAUUACCCUCAGUAGGUGCACGACAAAGUGAUCGAGCAGAAACUUCACAUCAAGUCAAUGUCGCGGCACGGUCUUCAAUAGGCAUGCGUGCCAACACAAGGCAGCACUCUGAGGGCAGCCAAGUGUCUGACGGCUCAGACCUUCCCAGCAAGGAAGUCGGCGACAAGCUCAUUGAGGCCUACUAUGCAAGGGUGCACCCAAAACAUCCCUUCCUGCCUCGGAAAAGAGUCCUGUCGCUACACGAGGCUAGACUUGAGCUCGUACCAGCGCAUAAGGCUGUGCGUUCCGAAGUUAUGUGGAGCAGAUGCGACUAUGCAACCUUGCAACUAGUGUAUGCCAUCGGAGCACGUUACUUGCAGCUGAGCAACGAUGAUGAUCAUUAUUCGUCUCCAAAGCGACACUAUGCCUGCGCGAUGGCAGAUGCGGACAGUAUCUUUGCAACAGGUAGUCUCGAGAGCUUGGAGGCGAUGCUUCUGCUCACGAUAUAUCAAUUAAGGUCUCCGACAGGUCCUGGGGUCUGGUGGAUGAUCGAGAUAACAAUGCGGUAUUGUAUCGAUAAUGGCCUCCAUCGACAAGCCACCAACAUCCCUCCAACUCUCGAUGAGAGACGGAAACGGAUCUUCUGGACGACAUACAUGUUGGAGAGAUCAAUCGCGCGGACCAUGGGUCGACCUCACUCUAUUUCCGAUAGAGAUAUUGACGUCCCGCUCCCAGCCAACAUCGACGAUGAGCUGGGCACUGACGAAGCCAUCCUUGCAGCAAUUUCUGAGUCGAAACAACAUCCUUCUCAGAUCACCACACUCACGCCAGCUAUUCAUAUCUUUCGGCUGCAACAGAUCGAUUCCAAGAUUUCAUAUACGGUAUGUCGCGUUGACAAGGAUGUCUCCGCGAUAAAACCGCACAAAGUCGAUCGUCUUCGACAAGCUUUGGAGGAAUGGAAGGCUACUAUCCCUCAGACUGAUCCUGAGAACAAGCCUCAUCCUUACCUCACGACUGAUUACCAUAUGAUUCAGUACCAUAAAGCCAUCAUACUCCUAAACCUCCCCUUCUUACCCACCCUCACGCCACAAAGCCCGACCUUCCACGAGGUGGUCCACUCCGCCGGACAGGUCUGCUCCCUUUCAAAACGCCUUCACGACCAGCAGACUUACAUCUCUUUUUCUUUGCUCUCGCUACAUGCCAACUUCGUCGCCGGGUUGGUAAUGGUUUACUGUUUCUGCCUCGAUUCGUCAAUCUUUAGUCCCAAGUUCAGCAGCAGCGUUCGAGCGUGUAGCACGAUGCUGUACAUCAUCUCCGAGCGGUGGCCGAGAGCGGUUAAGGCUCGAAACGCAUUUGAUAGGCUCGUCGCUUCUACGAUAGAAAGUGACCACGAUGCAAGCAACACUAUCUUGACAUUUGAGGAUAAUUUACAGGUCUCGCGGGAUGACUUUCAGCCUGGCCUUGUGGCAGAUGACCCGGCACAGCUAGAGGUUUGGAGUAACUUCGAGUCGAUACUUGGAGACCAUCACAUUGAUCUGGGAACUUGGAUGCAUGAUAGUAUCUUUGACACGAUGGGCACGUUUCAGUCAAUGGAUUGGACGGAGUAG